UACAAUUCUUACUUAUCAGCUCAGCUUAAUUUGAAGAUGUCUAGCUCUACACUUUCAAUCUUUCUUCUUUUUCUCUUGAAUGUCUUCUCGAAAAUGGAUAUGGCAUUUUCUGCCACAAUUUCUUCCUCCGCGGUUGCUUCAUCCCAACUUGAUUUCUGGUACGAAAAUGUUGUUAACCCAAUGCCUGCCACAAUUGCAUCAAAAUUAUCUCCAUUAUCUAGUCAAGAUUCCGUUUUCGAUUCCUUAUUCGCUUCUUCCACAUCAAAUGAAGCAUUUUGCUCCGAGGCUAAUUUGGCUUGCACCCCAUUACCAAAAAGUACUAUAGGCAAGCUCAAGGCCUUACUAAAUGGAUAUUUACUUGUCAAAUCCAUCCAUAGUUAUGUACAUGAUCAUUACUCCUCAUCACUUGACCCUAACUUCUUCUUUACUAUAUCAUCGGUACUUCAAAAAGGGAAACGUAUCCGAUUACCGAAUUUCAAGGAUGAAACUCUACCUCCUCGUUCGUUUCUUCCUUUCCAUAUUUCAUCUAAAAUAUCCACCAACAGUUCAGCUGAUCUCCAGAAAAUCUUCCCGAGUCUAUACUCUUCGCAGCCGACGAAAGAAUUCAUCGAAAAGAUCACCUCACACUGUAGUUCAGCAUCUCUAAGAGGAGAGAUGAAUAAAUGCUCAAACUCCCUCGAGGACAUGUUACGAUUCUCCAAGAAAGCGUUGGGCGCGACGAAAUUACUCGCAUUGACUACAAAAAGCGUCAAAGGGUCCGGAAAAGUGCUCGAAAUCAGAAACAUCGAACUAUUCCCGGCUGAAAAAAUGGUGUCCUGUCAUGAAAUUUUCUUUCCAUUUGCUGCUUACUUUUGUCACUCGCUCUCAUCAUCGGAAACUCGCCUCUACGCCGUCGAUUUUAUUGAUCCUUCAACAAAAGCUCCGGUUAACAAGAUCCUGGCCGUUUGUCACAUGGAUACAUCACAAAUGCAAGCCGACCAUGAGGCUUUGAAGCACCUGAAAUUAACUCCGGGCCAAGGCGAGAAACCGGUUACAAUAGGAGGAAAUCCAACCCUCUCAAAUGUUGCUAUUGAUGUAGCCAAAAAGACUACCAUUGAUGAUGCUGAAAAUCUAGUCAGUUCCACUGUUCCUGUCGCAAAGUCUCGGUUGCAAGUGGUCCCUGACGGUGAAGCUUCACUGUCUUUGGAUGUUGAUGCUACCGCGCUUGUUGCUGUUGCGGAACCGCAGUUGCAAGAUGUUGCAGCCGGUGAAGAAUCAUCUAAUCCAACCCCUUCUACAAUUGUUGUUAUUGACGCAUCUGAUGAUACACUUCCGCGGUUGCAAGAAAAGGAUGCUGCAGUUUCUGUCGUGCCCCUAAAUCAACCCUCGGAUGAUCAUCGAUCCAUGGAUGUCGCCGCUGCUACUGAGAGUUCUCCAUGCUUGCAAAACAUUGAUGGUUCGCUGCAGCAAUUGAAUUCUACUGAAGCCGUCACUGCUAAUAAGAAAUUCGUUGCGCAACACACUUUUUCUAGCCAAAUUGAUAUUCCUUCGUCCUCUGAUUUUGCCGCUGCAGUAGAUUCUCCUUUAGUAUCGAAUGAUACUAUCAACAAUGGAGGGAAGAAUUCUUCAUCGGAACGGCGAGAAUCACCGGUGGAAACUUUGUGGCCUCUUGCUGUACAACGGAAUCCCACGCCUUCUACACAGCCUUCUCCAAAAGCGCAAGCUGUUCAAUGCAAUGUUGUGGGUGCUGUCGAGAAACAACAAUCAUCAAACCUGAUCGAUACUGCCAGAAACGGCAGUGCUUCAUCGCCGGAAAGAAGUCGACGAUCAGUUUCACCAGCGGCAGAAGAAAUCCCGCAAAAGCUUAUAGUUACCACAGAUAUAGAUAUUCCGUAA